AUGAGUAAUAUUCUUUCAAUGAACCUUUCCGAUCAACAGAUUACAAAAAGUUUUCGAAAACAACAAUCAUUAGCAUCGAUUGCUAGACUACGAGAUGAUAUGGGGGGUUCAGCUCCUAAACGUCGUAAAAAUAAAGUCAUAACAGAUGAAUGUUUCAUAAAAUUAUGGCAGCGUUAUGAUGAAGGUCUUCUUGACAUUCCAUCAUUUUUGAAAGCUGCUGGACUUAGAUACUUUCAAAGACCACCAAAACGUUAA